UUUUUGUGUAUUCACAGAGAUGCUGCAGUUUGUCAGCAAUCAAGUUGGAGAGUUCCCGGACUUGUUUCCAGAGCAGCUGUGUAGCUCCUUUCCCGGUGGCGGCGGGGGCAGCAAUGGGGGAGGCGGAGCCGGGGACCCCUCGAUGCAGCAGCGGUCCUUCAGCCAGGUCCCUUUACCUGCCUUCUCUCCCUCGGCCGCUUCCCCCCAGGCUCCAGCCCUGCAGGUCAAGGUUCCCCCCAGCACGGUGCCCACCCCGCCGCGGGCAGCUCCUGUUCUUCAGCCCCGCCCCCAGCCCCAGCCCCAGGCCCAGCUGCAGCAGCAGACGGUGAUGAUCACCCCGACGUUCAGCACCGCUCCGCAGACGAGGAUCAUCCAGCAGCCUUUGAUAUACCAGAAUGCGGCGACCAGCUUUCAAGUCCUUCAGCCUCAAGUCCAAAGCCUAGUGACAUCCUCCCAGGUGCAGCCAGUCACCAUCCAGCAGCAGGUGCAGACGGUGCAGGCCCAGCGGGUGCUGACGCAGACCGCCAAUGGCACGCUGCAGACCCUCGCCCCGGCCACGGUGCAGACAGUCGCCGCCCCCCAGGUGCAGCAGGUCCCGGUCCUGGUACAGCCUCAGAUCAUCAAGACAGAUUCCCUUGUUUUGACCACACUAAAGACAGAUGGCAGCCCUGUCAUGGCCGCAGUCCAGAACCCAGCCCUCACCGCCCUCACCACCCCCAUCCAGACAGCUGCCCUUCAAGUACCAACUCUGGUGGGCAGCAAUGGGACCAUUUUGACCACAAUGCCUGUGAUGAUGGGGCAAGAGAAAGUGCCCAUUAAGCAGGUACCUGGGGGAGUCAAGCAGCUGGAGCCCCCCAAAGAAGGAGAAAGGCGGACGACACACAACAUCAUUGAGAAGCGGUAUCGCUCCUCUAUCAAUGACAAAAUCAUCGAGUUGAAGGACCUGGUCAUGGGGACAGAUGCCAAGAUGCACAAGUCUGGCGUCCUGAGGAAGGCCAUCGACUACAUCAAAUACUUGCAGCAGGUCAAUCAUAAACUACGCCAGGAGAACAUGGUGCUGAAGCUGGCAAAUCAGAAAAACAAGCUCCUGAAGGGCAUCGACCUGGGGAGCCUGGUGGACAAUGAUGUGGAGCUGAAGAUCGAUGACUUUAAUCAGAAUGUCCUUCUGAUGUCCCCUCCGGCCUCCGACUCAGGCUCCCAGGCUGGCUUCUCCCCCUACUCCAUCGACUCGGAGCCAGGAAGCCCUUUGCUGGAUGAUGCAAAGGUCAAGGAUGAGCCGGACUCUCCUCCCGUAGCGCUGGGCAUGGUGGACCGCUCUCGAAUUCUGCUGUGUGUCCUCACCUUCCUCUGCCUCUCCUUUAACCCCCUGACUGCCCUGCUGCAGUGGGGAGGGGCCCACAGCUCUGACCAGCACCCAUACUCGGGCUCCGGCCGCAGCAUCCUGUCACUUGAGUCAGGUUCUGGGGGCUGGUUUGACUGGAUGAUGCCAACGCUCCUCUUAUGGCUGAUAAAUGGUGUGAUUGUCCUGAGCGUCUUUGUGAAGCUGCUGGUCCACGGUGAGCCGGUGAUCCGGCCACAUUCACGCUCCUCAGUCACCUUCUGGAGACACCGGAAGCAGGCAGACCUGGACCUUGCCAGGGUAAGUUCUGCAGCCGAUAACUCAGCAACUUCUAUUGAAUACCCCAGUGUAUAAAAUCCUAUGGUAGGU